AUGCAAAGCCAGCGGUGUAGCAAUGCUUCGACCAGGGCCACCUUCGUGGCGCAGAUGUGUCUUGCGCUGAAACAGGCUUCCAAGGUCAGAAGCGGAAUGUUCGGCGCUCUAUUCAGAGUAGUACUUAAGCAGGUCAUUCGAGAACUGUUCCCGUCGAGCUCGGUCGAGAUCGGGGUUUUCAGGUACAAGAUCUACGAGAUCAUGUGCUCUCAUGUUGGAAUCCCUCACUCUAGGAAAGACCCCUGUGUCGAAUCCAACGACAGUCGACUGGUUGACUUGAACAGCGUCGCUGAAGCAAUCUUCAUACCUUCGAUCAAGAUUCACGACAUGAUCCAGCUGUGCUUAGAUGGCGUGAUUGAGUCUCCCCUCAGCAUGAUGACACUUUUCAACCGUCUACGACUCUGGUCUUUCUGGGAAGACCGUACAGAUGAGAUGGCACGUAUCAUGCUCACGAAGUUCCGUGACAUGGUCCAAGAGAAGACGUUCCUGAUCGGCAACUACUCCCGGGACUCAUUCAAGUUCGAGCUUUACUGCAGAGUGGCUUGCCACUUCUGGCCUGAGAAGGGCCUGUCGUUCAACCACCCCCCUUUUGCCUUCGACGUCACCAGACCUAAUGGGGAGACAGCAAUGACGAUUCCCCGCUUCACCAAGGCCGCUGAGGAGGAACUUGGUUUGCAGGCGAUCCUUCUAUUUCUUGAACUUGACCGUUUGCCGCGUCAGCCUGAUGCCCAGUAG